CUCGGCCAUGGCAUGCCCGCCAUCUCUAGCCCCAGCUCCUGCUGUUGGCCGGCGGCAGCCCUUUAUUGGCUUGGCGCUGUCCACCAGCCAAGGGACUAGAGCUGCGAGGUCGGGCCUAACGCGUGCACACGGCCUGGACGGGGCGGCGGGAGGCGCUCCUAGCCCUCUGCCCAGGCCCUUGGACGGGGCAGUCUCACCAUCAGGCCUUGCGAUCCCCUGCUCGCCAAUCUCCUCCCCACUCAGGGCCCAGCCCGUCGUUGGUGUGGUUUUGUCUGCGUUCCGUUCUUUUCCUUCUUCGCUGUUGCUCUUUUCCAUCUCGCACCUGUCCAUCGAGUGUGCAGUCUUGAGUUGCCGGCGGCAGACUGCUUCGUGAUAGCGCUUCUGCCCGACAGCCACAGCGACGGGCUUUGCGACCACCAGGCUCCCGAACACAACCCAGCUUCAAUCGAGACCUCGCGGGCAAAUUGCGGUGGGCCGCCCGGAAUCGGUGCAAGGUUCGGACGGGGGACAGACAAAUUAACCCGAGACCUUGACACGACCACGUCUCAGCUCUCGGGCCAGAAGAUCCUGGGGAACGGUGUAUCGGGCUCUCCCUGCGUUGCAUUCCGAGAUGCUCGCCCCGCUGCAAAGGCUGCUGCUCGCCAGCGCGGCCGCCGCCGGCCUUGUGCGGGCCGCCGGCGCGGAUUCCACCCCCUCCCUUGUCGACGACGCCGAGGUGGGCGAGGGCUUCAUCAGGUUCCCCGUACACGCCUCGCGAAGCCGGUCACCCCUCGACGACGACGAGGGCGGCGGCAACAGCAGCGCGACGCGGCGGCGCGACGUGACCGAGGUGCUGCUGAGGGCCAGGCAGGCCGAGGUGGCGCUCGACAACCUGCAAGACGGGACCAUCUACUCGAUCAAUCUCGGGAUCGGGACGCCGGCGCAGCGUGUCGAGGUCAUCAUCGACACGGGGUCGUCUGAGCUGUGGGUCAACCCGGACUGCACGCGCUCCAGCAGCAGGCGGUUCUGUGACCAAUUCCCCAAGUACACCACGUCGCGGAGCUCGACGGUGAAGGACGCGUCCUCGACAGGGUUCAUCCAGUAUGGCAAGGGCAACGUGACGUUGCGCUACAUUGCCGAUACCAUAACUAUUGGGUCCGGAACCAAGAUUCGGGAUCAAAUAUUUGGCUUUGCGACCUCGAGCUACGACAUCCCCAUGGGGAUUCUCGGUCUCAGCCCUAAACUGGGGUCUCGGUCGGUCGACUAUCCCUUCGUGCUGGACAGCCUAGCUAAGCAGGGCCAGAUCAAGAGUCGGGCCUUCAGCUUGGACCUGAGGAGCGUUGACAGCCCCAGCGGCGCGGUCAUCUUUGGCGGUGUCGACACCACCAAGUUUAUCGGCAGCCUUGCCAAACUCCCGAUCCUUCGGCCAUCUGACACGCCUCGCGGCGCGGACCGGUACUACGUUUACAUGACGUCGCUGACCGUCACGGCUGCCGACGGCAAGUCGACCAAUGCCUUCCUGUCCGCAUCCACUUCCAGCGGCGAGCCUGUCUUCCUGGACAGCGGCGGCACGCUCUCGAGGCUGCCGGCGGCCAUGUUCCGCGCCAUUGGCGAAAGCUUCCCGGGGGCGCGCUACGACCGGGCCACGGGCUUCUACGUCGUCAGCUGCAGCGUGCGCGAUACGAGCGGCACCGUCGACUUUGGCUUCGGCACCGGCAGCAGCGCCAAGCGCAUCCGCGUCUCGUUCGCCGACUUCAUCUGGCGCGCCUCGGGCGUCACGUGCGUCCUGGGCGUCCUGCCCAUCGAGUCGGACCGCGGCGAGUCCGUGCUGGGCGCGAGCUUUUUGAGGGCCGCGUAUGUUGUUUACGACCAGGACAACCGCAACAUCCACCUCGCCCAGGCCGCCAACUGCGGGUCACAGGGCAUCUCGUCCAUCGGGACCGGCACCGACGCCGUGCCGUCCGCGACGGGCCGCUGCACCGCCACGCCCACCAGGGGAGGGUCCAAGCCGACGCUGUCGGGCGACGGCGAGGGCUGCACCAACUGCGACGGGAGCGGCAUGUUCACCACCACCGUCCCAGGGCGGCCCGGGGCGACCGGUAGCUCGAGCAAGAACAACGCGGCCGGCAGAGCCAAUGAGGGUCUCGGUGGAGUUAUGGUUGCGUCGGGCUUGGCGCUGCUGUUUGUGUGCAUGUCGUGAUCUUGUGGCGUCGUGGAAUUUUGAGCUUUUGGACAUUCCCAUUUUACAUCUCGGGCUUGUUAUGAUCUGGGCAUAGCCAUUAAUCACAGCAUAUAAACGCAGCACAUGUAUUUCACUUUGCUAUCAUGGUUGACCUAUAUACAGAUGGAGUUAAGAGGCUAGCAGUAUACCCUCAGAGGUGGAACGCACUACAGAAACACAUUAUUUGUUGCCGCUGCA